CGCUAAAAUACACAGCUCUAGCUUCAGAACCCUAAAACGCCCCAAAACCCCUUCUUUGUUGCAUCACAGAAAAAUGACGCAGAAAGCCAACCUCUUCAAAGGCCAGCAGAAGAGAAAAACGGUGCCUCCGAGCCGCCAUGGGAAAACCCCCAAAACUCGCAAAGGAAAGAGAGUUGUGAAGCCUGCUAAGGUUACGCAGGAGAUGGAUACCGAUCGGGAGCUGAGCAAGUUCAUCAACUACUGCAAUGAGGUGAAAGCAGCCACUGCCGCCAACAAAGAAGGUGGUCAACUGAGUAUAGUCAAACAUCAAGCUGGUGAGGCUGCAAAGGAUUAGUUCUUGAUUUUGUGAUCCUAUAAAACAAACUGUAAUUCCUUUUUUAUAAUUCUACAAGUUGCAGUUAUUUAUUUUAUGUGUUAAAUAAACUC